AUGGCGAGCUCCUUUGAAAAGUCCGUCAAGGGCGCGACCAAGAUCAAGGCCGCGCCUCCGAAAACAAAAUACAUCGAGCACAUUCUAGUUGCGACACAUUCGGGCGAGGCGGGCGUGGGCGAGGUAUUCCGGGCGCUCCACCACCGGUUGCGCGACUCAACAUGGACCGUCGUCUUCAAGAGUUUGAUCACUGUCCACCUCAUGAUCCGCGAGGGCUCGGCAGAUGUCACCCUGGCGUAUCUUGCGAAACACCGGAACAUGAUUGCUAUCAGCAUGUUUUCUGAUGUCCCUUCGUAUACAGCGCAAACUCAGGGGCGAAACAUACGACAUUACCACAGUUAUCUUGCAGAAAGAGCGCGAGCAUAUCGAGAAACAAAGGUCGACUGGGUGCGGUCAAAGGAUUCGAGGCUGGAGAAACUGUCCAUCGACAAGGGUUUGCUUCGGGAGACGGAAAUUGUUCAGCACCAACUCACGGCCUUGCUGAAAUGCGACGUGAUGGAGAAUGAGCCUGAAAAUGAAAUCACCAUCACUGUGUUUCGGCUCCUUGUCCUGGACUUGCUGGCUCUUUUCCAAGCCCUGAACCAGGGACUGAUCAACAUCCUCGGUCACUUCUUCGAGCUGUCCAAGACUGAUGCCGAAAGAGCUAUGGAUAUCUACCGGACAUUUACCAGGCAGACUGACUACGUUGUACAGUAUCUCAGCACGGCCAGACAGUAUGAGCAUCACACCAGGGUGGAGGUUCCUAAGCUGAAGCACGCCCCUGUUAAUCUCGGGCGCCAGCUCGAGGAGUAUCUGAAGGAUCCCGAUUUUGAGAUUCACCGGAGGCAGUACCUGGCCGAGCUUGAGGCCAAAAAGUCAUCCAAGGGCGGGUCAUCAGGAGCUUCGAAGUUGCCCAAGUUUGAUGCCUUUGAGACCAAAGCAUCAUCCAGCACAAGCGCACCUGCUUCUCAGCCAGCCCAGACUUCUCAGGCUGCGGCACCAGCAAAGGGACCCGACGUCAAUCUGAUCGACUUCUUUGAGUCCAUUGAACAAAACCAGACGACACUGGCUGUCCAAGGCCAGACGCAGCAGGCACAAGCACAGCCUCAGUUACAACAACAACAACAACAACAACAAACGCAGAUGCAGGUGGGCAUGUCUCCUUGGGGCCCUGCCCCAUUCCAACCUCAACAACCUCUUCAGCAGCAACAGCAAUUUCCCCAGAACGGAUUUGUCGCCUCUCCCGUUCACCAGUUCCAGACGGGUGUUCCCUUCCAACAGCAGGGGCAGCCAGCAUUUUCGCCACAGCAAACUGCGCAGCCAGUACAGCAGGCCUUUACUGGUGUCGGCUUCGGCGGGUUCUCUCCGCAACCCCAGGUUGGCUUCCAGCCCGGUUCUCUCGCCCCGAUACAGCAGGAUACCGUCGCGAAUUUCCAGACAGGCACGCCCACUUUCCAAGGAGGCCUUCAGGCGCCUCAACAAAACACCAACCCUUUCCGCCAGUCCAUGCUCAUGAACCAACAACAAACAGGCUCACCCUUUGCGCAGCAGCAACCUGUUCAGGAGGUCGCUUCUCCUCAGCAACGCCCCAUGACAAGCCAGUCUACCAACCCCUUUGCUCGCUCCUCACCGCAAGGGACACAGCCAUUUGCUGCACCAACGUCCAACUCACCUUUCCAAUCCCAGGCGCCACGGCAGCCCACUCAACAACAAAUGCAGCCCAUGCCGACGGGUACGAACCCGUUCGCCAAGAACUUUGGACAGGCUCAGCAAGCGCAACCUACUCAGCAGCAACAGCGACCUGUCACUGCGGGUGGAAUAUUGUCCCAGCCGACGGCGACGAAUCCGUUUAGGCAGGGAGCCUUUGUGAAUCAUCAGACGGGACUGGGGUGGCAGCAUAACCAGCAGGCUAUUGGGGGUGGGUUGGAUCAGGUUGAGACUGUGCCUGUGUUUCCUAGGCCGGCGGCUCAGACGCCGUGGCAGCAGCAGUGA